GAUUUUCACAAGAGUAGUUAAAGUACAUACCUACUCAAUCUGCUAAAAAUUUACAAUCUAGUUCGAGUAAUGUGAGCAAUUGAGCAAGUUUCGCGAGUGAAGAGUGGGAGUGAUCAAGUAUCCAUUGUGGAUAGCGCAUUCUCGACCCGGUUGCGAUGCAAUCAUAAUAAUAUGUGUUUCGGGUAGCAAGUACCGGUUGCGAUAAUGUCUGGCGCCGAGGACACGGACGAGUUCAUCUUUCGUCCGCAGCAGCAUUUCGACGCUAAAUGGCUGAAUCCGGACCUGCAAGGAGCGGUACAAUGUCCGCAAAUACUGGCCAACCAUUACAACACCAUUAUUCAGGAUAGUGAAGUGAUUCUAGAUGCCACUGCAGGGUUGCUCAACAAAGCUGGUAUCACUGCCAAGCUCGGAGACAAUGGCAAAUACUAUUGUGGAUUGAGGAUAUUAACAUGCACCUGUUGCGAUGGACUCUGUGGGCCACACUCGGGCUGCGCUUGCGGACCCUGCUCGACACUCUCCGCAGAAGAAGAACUCCGCAUUGCCAUGCUUACGAAGUUUCCCAUCCCGCAGCCCUCUGUCCAGGUCAUGGAUGAGCUCAAGUGGAAAUUAGAUCCAGGUCCAGAAUGCCUCAAAAGUCUAUUAGAGGCCUUGAUAUGGGAGCAGCGGCAACGGGCCAUGCACACGGCAGUGACUGUCCCCUACGUCUCACAAAUACGACGGCUGAUAGUACUCUGCAAGAGACACCUCGUGGCUGUAAUAAGAGAGUACUAUUUCAGUGGAAGAACGAACGGUAUCAAGUUAGACAAAAAGACGGCCGCUGCCGACGACAGGCCAGUUGGCCUGUUGAAUAAAACUUAUGACCUUGAUACCCAUGACGAUCGCGAAGAGCAAGGCGCCGAUUCUGAGAGCGCGCUAGGGCUUGCCCGAGUCGGCGCGCGCGCCGCGCUCCGUCUCGCUCUCUCCUUAGUCCGUCGCGCGUGGCGUUGCGGCGAGGACGCCGAUGUGUGUUCGGCGCUGUUGCGUGACGCGCUCGAAGCCGUUCGGGCGCUGCCCGAUGCAGCCCUGUUCGCGGGAGCGGGCGCCGACCCCGCGCAGCAGGUGCCGCGCUCGCAGAAAAUAUGGGCCGAGGUUGUUGGCAGCGCCGCCGAGUUUCUACACCAGGUGGUUACCAACGAGGUGGGCUGCAACGCGCCACUCGGCGACUGGCGCACGUCUCUCUGCGUGUGGGUGGAGCUGUGCGCGCGGCGCGCGGAGCUCCCGGCGCUGCUGAAGGCCGCCGACGUGCUGGUCACACUGCCGCCGCAACAUAAGCGUCAGCCGGACAACAGCACCACACCAGAGGAAUGUACGGCUCCUCUCGGGCCCUUCCUACGGCGCAUGGCGAAAGUUGCUGCGCCGAACCCUGUGGUUAUAACCGAGCCGAACACCGAAGCCAACCCUACUGUAACGUACCUGAGGGACCUCAGUAUACCCAACGGAGAUGGUCUGAUGGGGGUCCGGAAGGCUGGUAUAGCUCUGAUGUGCCACUUAAACAGGCUCGGUGAACCGCUACUGCCACCAAUAAAAGGAUUCGUUACUUGCACAGAGUCGGCUCAAGAGCUAUAUUCCGUUGGCUACGGUCCGCUCUGCUUCAGCGGUCUGCGAUUCAGACAGAUCGCGUGUGCGGAGAAGCUAGCACUAAUGCUGACGUGCGACGGCGAUGUGUACACUAUGUACUACGAUACCAUGGCGCCUCAUUUAGUACAAGGAUUCGAAAACAAAAUAAUCGUCCAAGUGGCGUGCCACCCGGCCGGGCGGCACUACCUCUGCGUGUCAGCCGACGGCGGCGUCUGGUCGUGGGGCUCCGGAGAGGACGGCCGGCUCGGGCACGGCGACACGGCGCCGCGGGAGGUGCCCGCGCAGAUCAACCACCUCGCGCACCACGAGGUCGUGCGGGCUGUAGCGGGGCCCACUAGCAGUGCUGUGAUAACGUCCCGUGGUGCCCUCUACACGUGGGGGCGUGCGAACCACGGUCGCCUCUGCCACGGCACGCUCGAGGCCUACCUCACGCCGAUGGCCGUCACCUUCCACGUGCACAGCAUGGAGCGCAUCGUCGACAUCGCCUUCGGUUGGGGAGAGAGCUACACGCUAUGCUGCACCGUGGAGGGCACCGUGUACACGUUCGGCGAGACCGACGGCGGGCAGCCGCGCGCCGUCGCCGCGCUCGCCACCAUCAAGAUUGUGCGCGUGUACACCGGCGAGAACUACUCCGCCGUGCUCACUGAACAAGGUGUUCUGUACACCUGGGGCAAAGGGGAAGGCUACCGUCUCGGCCACGGCAACGCCGAGAACGUGAAUUUCCCGAAACCAAUCGAAGCUCUCAAAGGCAAACGGGUGAUCGACGUGUCGCUGGGCACGUCGUGUGGCGUCGCGUUGCUCGCCGACGGCCAGCUAUACUCGUGGGGUACACACGAGAGAGCACAUCUGUUCUCUUCGACGCCAGUCAAAGUUAACGUUCUGACGUCGCCUUUUAGAGCUAAUGGCGUCACAGUGGGACUCAUCAAGAUGUUUGUGUGGAGCGAGGAGACGGCCCGCGAUCUACCCGCUUCUCUGCCGUUCGUCAUCGACCUUUCCGACAGUACAUUCGAAUUACUAGAGAAACUGCUCAGGCUAGUAGUGGAGCAUAGCAAUGGCGCAGCGAGCAAAGAGAUUAUGCAUGAAGAUGAAUGUCUCGCCGUUUCGUGUCUCAAUCUGUUGAGGCUUCAGGUCCAAGCUUGGCAAUGUACCCGCGGCCCCAUCUGCGAGGACGCCAACGAAGUCCGGCCCUGGUGCGCCGGGCUGCACAGCGCACUAGUGGCGCUGGUGGAGGGCCGAGCGGGCCCCGCGGCCGCGGCGGCGGCGCGGCGCGCGCUCGCCGCCGCGUGGCCGCUGCUGCUGCCGACGCCGCAGGUGCGGGCGCAGCACCUUAUAGAGUUGCUGCCGCAAGGCACAAGUUCGAUCAGCGCCGGUGCGCACUUUAUGACGGAGCUACUGGUCUGGUCUCUGCUCGGCGGCGGCGGGCUUAGCGACGCCCUACAAAGCGUCCUUCAAGAGCACACUGCUGAUGAAUACGCGCAUCUCACACUAUACGAAGGUUACGAUCAAAUCGACAUCACAACCGGGCACCGUGGGAAUGGGGUCUCGCCUUGCUGCACCGAAACCGAAUGUUGCGUAGUAUCCGAGCAGUUUCAGCCCAAUAAGAAAUCAGCUUCAGAAAAGGCUGCAGCAGUCCCAUUGAUGCAUUUAGUAAAACAUCUCGUCCACAACACGAGCGCUCAGACGCAGAUAUAUUUUAAAGCCGUGCUCAGCGGGGACCCUGUCGACUCAAACCGGCAGGAUACAGUCAGCCCUAGCUGCGAACUGCUUAUUAGGUUCCAAAGACUUCUUUUCUGCGAAGCGAUGUGGCUACGCGGCGGGCGGAGCAACCGCGGUGGCGUCCGCGCAAUCGUCACCGAAUACAUAGAGAUGCUGGCCGACCAGGUGCAAGUGACGCUCGGCGAGUUCACUCGAGCCGUGUACAAGGCUGACAGCGCGCAGUUGGAGAAGCUCACGGAGAUUCUGGCUUCUGACAUCGUUGGGCGAGUUGUAAGCGAGCUAUCAACAUGGGUGGCGACAUGCGUGGGCCGCUCGCCGAACAUCCUCGCGCACGCCGCCGACGCGCUCAUUCGCAUAGCGCGCGCCUGUGACGACGCGGCACAAAUACUACCAUCCGCCGCCAGCUUGGAGAUGGACCAGCUCGGCUGGCCUGGGCUCGUCACCAAGCUGAACCAGCAUAACAACAAUGUUAUACGAAAGUGUGAUCUUUUAAACCAUACGAAGGAAGGCGGCUCCUGGAUAAUAGUCCGAGGCCACGUGUACGACGUGGAAAACUUCGAGUGCGACAACCCCAGUACGAACGAGUUGGUGCGCAAACUGCGCGGCUGCGACGCUACGGCGGCGCUCAGCGUCGAGCCGCAUGCGUUGUAUUUGUCGCUGAUCACGGACAAAUGCGUGGGCAUGGAUGCCGAUCAGAUACACACGCACAAAAUCGAGGAAAGCACGUCAUCCCUCCGAGUUCACCACCUGAUGACGUCAGCAGCGUUCCACAUAGCGCUCAGCGUGUCGCAGUGCGGGGUGCAGCUGGCGCGCUCGCUGCCGCAGCAGCGCGCCGAGCGCGAGGCGGGGAGCUUCGCCGCGCAAGUGAUACUGCGGGGCGGACUGCAAGAUGCCAACCCGCCGAACCCGUUCGAAGAAGAAAAGGCCGAGGCUCGAAGCGGCUCAUCUACUGGUGGCAACAGUCCCGCGGGCGACACCCCGCCCCCCGCGUAUACCCCGCGCGUGCCGCGCUCCGGGCCUGGCGCGGGGACUAAAGCCGAUGCGUUGCUACUUGCUCUUGGAGAGCCUAAACUACAUGACCCCCUAGCCCUCCACCUCUGGUGGGCGUGCGAGCGUCGCGAGGGCGCCACCCCCCACUUCCCCCCGGACCACCCGCUGGAGGAGUUCAGGCGGACGCUGCUCGCCGCGCUGCUGUACCACGCCGGGCUGAGUGAACACGCCCUCGCCAUCGCUAGCGCCGAAAUGGACAAGGGUGAAGUGAAACUGUCUCCGGCGAUGUCAGAAAUAGUUAAGGUUGUACAACAGAGCAAGUGGACGCUCAUGAGGACCAAGCAGCAGCAGUCACGUGGGUACAAAGAGGUGUGCGCUGUGCCCCUGGAGCGCGCUCGUUUCCUCCUCCACGAGGUCCGAGCAGCGAUAUCGCCCGCCGUGGCCGCGCUGGAAAAGCGGCCCCCGUCCCGCCGCGAGCCCAGCGCCAAGAGGAUAUUCCAGAAGGUCAUGAGGCUCGUCAAGUCUGGCUGCUUCAACAAAUGUUUCGAAACAACGAAAGACCUGCGUAACAGGCAGAACAGCCUCAGCAAGAGCAUGCUCAAAGCCACCGGCAGCCUACUACAAGGCGAUGCCUUACUAAUAAAAUCAUCCAUAGCUGCUAACGCCACCAGCAAAACCCCAGACGAUCUCACUCCUAGUAUACUAGAGAAUUCCAAAUCUUCAGAAAAAGUUGAAAGCGCCAGCGACCCUAGCUCGAAAGAACUGGCCAAUCAGCAAACCAAGACUAAAACUAAGAAAGUCUCCGAUAAAGAUGUGAAAAACGCCUCUAAUUUCGACGGCCAACGCACGCAAAGUGACUGCAAGCUUUCAGAAAGAGAGGAUGACGAUAAAACGCCUACGAACGAGAUCUCGAUUAGUUCUAUAAAUGAUACGGACAACUCGAUCUUAAAGGAGUCGAUGGAGAGCGGCAAGCAAGUGUUGUUGCUGGCUGACGAUUUGAAGAAUGAUUUGAUCAUGGCCGACGAGGAGAAGGAUGAUGAUACGUCGGAGAGGAACAAGUUUGUCAAUGCUUGGGUGGCGAAGUUGGCUUGCGAAGAAAAAGACUUAUCAUGGAUGCUUGAAGAAGUGUCUGCAGAACAACAAAACAUAACUGCAGCUAUCGUUGACUUCGUUCUCUCAGAGACCCCUUGUGAUAUCGACACUCUAAAGAGGGCGCUGUAUUGCCAGAUCAAGCGGGCCGACAUAAGGCUAAGUGGCUACGUGAUGAUUAACAAGCUUCUAUGCGCCGCUCAAACCAUGUCAGAGACCGUCAAAUACGCCAGUCUGACAGGCUUACUCGGGGGUUCAGUAUCCGAAACUCCACCGUACUGUCCCCUCAGACCGCACCAUCCCCUAAAGCCUCCUUUAGAAGGCAUUGAAUCUGUGAUACCUUAUACUAAAUACAUGGUGUUGUUUGAGAAAUCGAAGCUGCUAGAUUAUAUUUUGAUAGAGUUAAAAGCGAAAGUGUUAGACGGUGAGCAGAAUCAGCCGCUGCCGUUGAAAAUGAGCGCAAAUUAUGGAGCGCAUGCGUUACUGAACAGGCCGGCUAGAGCAAGAUUCCUUCUAGCCUUCUUAACGUUACUCGUGGAGGGUUGCCAAGGCUCUGAAAUGGAGCAACUAGUCAAUGGGGGCGCGUUAAGCUCCUGCCUCACGCUCCUCAAGCAAAUUGGCGGCGAUACGCUGCAAGCGUCUUGUUUUGUGGUCAACGCAGUUAAGGGCAAAGCCACAGAACGUCUACUAAUAUUCGAAGAUGAGCGUCUAGGAGCCCGUGCUCGCGGCGCCUCUCUGACCGGGCCCGAGCUGGCGUCUCUCAUGAAGAUUGGAACUAGAGUCGUUCGCGGCAAGGACUGGAAAUGGGGCGACCAGGACGGAGUGCCCGGCUCCGAAGGUCGCGUAAUAGGUGACCUCGGUGAAGACGGUUGGGUGCGCGUGGCGUGGGACGCGGGCGGCACCAACUCGUACCGCAUGGGCAAAGAGGGCAAAUACGAUCUCAAACUGGCGCGGACUCCCUCGCCGCCGCCCUCCGAUGACGAAACCGUCAAUGAGGAUACGGACUAUAUCCUGGACUGGUGGCCCGUGGGCGAGGUCCGUUCAGCUUGCGCCGGCGCCGUCCGCCUGUUCUGCGCCGCCGCCGGCGAGCUGAGCGCCCACAGCGCCGUCGCGAGGCGAAACGUGGUCGCACUGCAUCGUAGGCUAUUAGCACUCGCUCACGCACAUCACACGCCGUCGCCGACCGCGUUCAAUGGUUACAAUCAUACCGCGCUGGCUUUACUGCGAGCGAGCGCACACAAUCCGGAGAUGAGAAUAUUAUUCUGCACGGAUUCGUGGUUUGAACUCUGCUACAGCAUCAUAUCCGGAACUGAGAAACCUAUCAACCAGGAUCUCAUUUACUCUCAGAUCCAAUGCAUGUGGCUGCUCCGUCGAGUGCUAGCCGAGCACACGGGCGCCGAAGAGUGGCGGCACACGGUGUGCGCGCAGCUGAUCGCGCUCACCGGCCGGCUGUGGCUGGAGACGCACCCGGCCGACCCGGCGCUGCGGCAGACGCUGGCCGCCCCGUACCCUUGCGACGAGGAGGAGAUAGAUAUCCGCUGGCGUGCUCCCGCUACAGCCAGCCACACGGGCGCGACGUGCGCCUCUCUAGUCCAACUGAUACGUCAACUGCACGCCACGCCCCAGUGGCACGGGCCCAUUACAGCGCUACUUCUUGAUAAACUACAGCUCGCUGGCCAGAUGGUGACGAGCGACUGGCACUGGUGGCCACACACCAACCAAGAACUGAAACGCACCACCAAACCCAUACCGCCGAGCCUAGAAACUUGUCUUAUAGCGGGUGUACUAGGCGUGGCGGGAGGCGUAGAAUGGCGCAUCAGACUGGGACAGCGCGUAGCGGCAGGCGCUCCGUCCCGCAACGCCAUCGUCACGCAAAUAUCGCCUCGCGCUAAAGUCACUCUAGUGUCUGACGAUAAUACAUUUACGAGGAUGGAGCUAAGCGGUAUCCAAAGCAUAGAGAGCGAACGGUUGAUCACCCCUCUGGGCGGCGGCGAAAGUGGUCUACGCGUGUGCGCUGCUCUACUCGGCGCAGGACCGCAGGCCACGCCUAUGCAUCCACAUCAUUUGCCAGCCGAACUAGACGUGUACGGUUUAAGGAAGCAGCAAAUAGAACUGCUGACGCUAUGUGCGGUACGCGGGCUGCUCACUACUCGCACGCGGCUCCGGAAGGUGCUCCUGCAGCCGCCCGACACCGCAGGUUCAUCGGACGCGAUCACCGGCACGGAAGGCACACUGUUCCGGCGCCUGCUCGCACUGGCGAUGCGUCCGAGCCCCUUGGCCGCGUCGUACACGCCGCGCGAGCUCGCCUCCGCCGCGCUCACUAUAGUGCAGCAGCUCGCCGCGCAUGUACACGUCAACGGCGACGAGAAAGAUCACGAAUCACCCCCAGAGCUACCCGUAAUAGAUCGAAGCAACCUCAUGCAAGCUUCCAACGGCCCCUCUACUAGUACGAGUAGCACGACUCCAUUAGCUCGCAAAGAUCUCAACACAUGGAGCAACUCGCCCCAAGUGAAACAAGUCGUGGAGAUGGGGUUUUCGAGAAAUGCUGUUUACUCGGCCAUACAAGUUCUGGGCGGCAACACCGUGCCAUCAGUUGAAACUCUAGUCGCAUACCUCCUAGAACUGUCCCAGCACGGCAUCGAAGAGUCCGUGUUCGAGGCGAAGCCGAACUCGUCCAAAACCGAGAAGAAACAGACACCUUACCGGUGGCGCAGUUGUUUCGCCUCAGAGGAUGAGUACGCGCAGUAUCUAUCGGAUGUCAUCACGGCUGGCAUGACCGUGCGGUGUUGCAAGGCAUUUGAAGCGGUACAAUUGGGAGACGUCGGACAAGUCCAAAAGGUUGAACGCGAUAUUAAGCAAAAUGUAUUCCUGCACGUGGAGUGGCGGGGCCUCGGCCGCGUCGCAGGCGUGCGCGCAGUAAACGCCGAAGUGGUCUCCGGCGGCGCGCCCUUCACGUCCGGCGACCGGGUGCGGGUCCGCUCGGCGGUCACGCAGCCGCGCUACAAGUGGGGCUGCGUGGACCACACCAGCGUCGGCACUGUCAUUGGUAUCGCCCACAACGGCAGAGACUUGACGGUGGAUUUCCCACAGCAGCCCGGUUGGACGGGGCAGGUCAGCGAAAUGGAGCUCGUCACCGAUCAAUCGGAAUGGGGCGAGACCGCCGGCGGUACCACGGUCAACUGGCGAGGAGCUAUUCGAGUCUUACGCGUGUCGUCCUGCCGGCCGGGAGCGGGCGCACGAAGGUUGCUCGACGCUCAGCCGCACACUUACUGGCAAAGCGCUAGUGGGACGGGACAGCAUUGGAUCCGCAUAGAGAUGCGCAACGGCGUGGUAGUCCGCCGGCUAGGGCUCGGCGUCCCCGUGGGCAGCCACGGGCCGGCCGCGCUCGCGGUUCGCGCCGGCAGCAGUUUCGAGGACUCCGCGCUGACGCCGCUGGCAGCCGUGCCUUGUGCCCCGGCGUCUAGGGACAGACCGCUGCAGCAUCUGGCGCAGAUACAGUUGCUAGUCGACUGCAAGCAGCAUUACACCUGCAUAGAGAUCAGCAUCAAACAGAAUCGCAACGUGAACGCGGACUGCCGCGUGCACGGGCUCUACAUCACCGGGUUCAGGACGAAUCCGCUUUACACCGACAUUGUACAGGGCAUGAAUUUCAUAGCAGACGAUUGGAUGGAGAAAGAAAAUCCUACCGGAGCAGUGUCUGUUGAUAACAAUCCUCCUGUGAUGCCUGCCGAUUGCCCAAAAGUAUAUGUGUGGGGCCUAAACGACAAAGACCAGUUGGGUGGCGUGAAAGGCUCCAAAGUGAAGGUGCCCGUGUUCUCCCCCGGCCUCAGCGCGCUCAAGCCUGUGCAUAUCGCUGGCGGCUCAAAAACGCUGUUUAUCGUGUCGCACGAUGGGAAACUGUACGCCUGCGGAGAGGGCACCAACGGCCGCCUCGGUCUCGGCCACAGCAACAACGUGUCCACACCGCGCGCCAACCCGCAUCUCUCGCACGUGCUCGUACGUCGCGUCGCUGUCCACUCGGGGGGGAAGCACGCGCUCGCUCUCACCGCCGAUGGCAAAGUGUAUUCCUGGGGCGAGGGCGAAGACGGCAAGCUCGGCCACGGCAACAAACAGACCCUAGAAGCUCCCAAACUGAUAGAAUCUCUAGCUGGCGAACGCGUGAUAUCGGUAGCAUGCGGGUCCGCGCACAGCGCGUGCGUGACCGCGCGCGGGCACCUCUACACGUGGGGCAUGGGCGAGUAUGGCCGGCUGGGCCACGGAGACGACGCUACGCAACUGUCGCCAAAGUUGGUCGAAGCUCUCCAGAACGUGCGUGUGGUCCAAGUGGCGUGCGGGUCCCGCGACGCCCAGACGCUCGCCCUCACGGCCUGCGGCAAGGUGUUCUCGUGGGGGGACGGUGAUUUCGGUAAAUUAGGCCGCGGCGGCUCGGAUGGCUGCGCGUUGCCGAUGAAUAUAGAGAGGCUAAACACGCUCGGAGUUAUGCAAGUGGAAUGCGGAGCUCAGUUCAGUCUCGCUUUGACUAGAGAUGGAGAAGUGUGGACGUGGGGCAAAGGCGACUACUUCCGAUUGGGCCACGGUUGUGACGUCCACGUGCGAAGGCCAACCAUUGUAGAAGCGCUGCGCGGGCAAAGGGUUGUCCAUGUGGCCGUCGGUGCUUUACACUGCCUUGCCGUCACUGCCGACAACCAGGUGUGGGCCUGGGGCGACAACGACCACGGGCAGCAGGGCAACGGCACGACAUGCGUGAACCGGCGGCCGGCGCUCGUGGCCGGCGUGGAGGGCGUGCAGCGCGCCGCCGCCGGCUCCAGCCACUCGGCGGCGUGGUCGCUGCGGCCGCCCGUCACCGACCAGCGCGCGCCCGUGCAGGAGCCGCUCGUGUUCCCCGUGCUGCGGGACCCGCUGGGCGCCACCGCGCUAGGUCUAUAUUCCGAAGAGACCAUGGUAGAAGAACGUCAAGAGUCGAUACCAUCGUUAGCCGCGGCGGCUUUGGCGCUCGAACCUCCGGUGGCUGUUCAGCACGCGCUGUCCCUUAUUUUACUGGGACUUCAUAUUACUCAGGCGCGCAGCUUGCUAGUGGAGGCUCUCCGCGCCCACGAAGCCUGCGCGACCGGCGCGCCCGUGGUCGCCGGAGUGGACGUCGAGGACGAGGACGCGGACGCCGACGCUCGCACGGGAGGGGGCGAGGCGCCCGCUGACCGCACUACUUUACAGAGUGGUGCAAGCAGUCCGUUGAGCGGGUCGAUAUCGUCUCGACAUUCCGCCGUUAUGUCGUCGAGUGCGGUCUCGGUCGCCGCUGCCACUAUGACGGUGCAACAGGCGGAGGCACCCAAGAUGGCACUGGACGAUUUCACAUCGCAACUGGGCGAAACCGACGCGCGAGCGCUCGUCGACCUGCUCAAGCUAGCAUCUGCCGGGCGAAUACCGGACGCCAAUAACGCUGUCAAAACCAUCACUGAUGUGCUUAUGGCACUCUGCGCCCACAAGCCCGCCGUAGCGGACAUGGUGAUCGAGGUGUGCGUGUGUGAGCUGGAGGAGGCGUGCGCGGGCCCGCAGAAGCAGCUGCCGCGCGCCGUCACCGUGGAGAGCCCGCACCCGUACCCCGACGACACGGAUAUAUCAGGCGUGGUGAAGAUACCAGGAGCUAUAUCGCUCCGCGUGAUGUUCGAGCAAGGCUGCUCAACGGAAAGACGGAACGACCCGCUGACGAUCUCGGACGCGGCCGGACGAGUCAUAGCCACCCGUUCCGGACGGGACCCGUCCGAUUGGGAAGAUGAGAUCAUAGUACCUGGUGACGAAUUGAGGUGGCGGUUCAAAAGUGACGGCUCAGUAAACGGAUGGGGUUGGAGGUUCUCCGCUUGCCCGACGAUACCAAAGAUAGCUCUAUAUGAAACCGGUUCAGACCGGUUUGUGCUCUCCCGACCGUCUGUAGAGCUAGCGUGGCGUCUGCUCGACGGGCCGCUGCUCGCGACCAUCUCCAACGACCACCAGAUGGCGCCGCGCCUGGCCGAGGCGCUAGCCACUUGUGCCCAGAUGCCCACUCUAUCGUGGCGUGCUCGAGUGUGGUGCGUUCGACGCUUGCGCGGCGUGAUCUGCGCCAACAACGAGCCUGUAGGCGCCACGCCGCCGGCCCUCAAAGACCUGCCAAGUCUACUCUUCGAACAGUACGACUUCGAAGAGACCGCUGUGCAUUUAGGGGCGCAUUUACUACACACGCAAUACUUGAAGGAACUAGCAUUGCUAGCCUGCGGCCUACGUCUCGACUCUCGCGUCUGUCACGGCUCCGACGCGGCGCGCUGGGCCUGGUUCAAACGAUACUGCCUCUGCGUGCGAACCGCCGACGCGCUUAUCAAACGAACACCCCUCCCAAUGCCAUUCCUAGCCGAAGUCAGGAAACGAUUAGCGGAUCUUGGCGUCUAUAACCCGGAAGAGGGGAGCUUAGACCAUUAUUACCCGUGGGAAGACGAUGUCAAAUUAAGCAGGAUUAGAGAUGACCAGCUUACGACUUGGGUACCGAGAAAAGGCAAUGAAUCCGGAGAGCCGAGUCCCCGGCCCAGCCUCAACACAAAACCCGAGCCGAGCACCUCCACGCCGUUAUACUACCCUUGGGAAGACAACACCAAGUUCACGCGGCAGCACGACGAACAGCUGUUACAUUGGGUUAACAAGCGGCCCGAAGACUGGACCGGCUGGUGGGUGGGCAACCCCCGCGGCUGCGUGGUCUACGGUUGGGGCCACAACCACCGCGGGCAGUUGGGCGGCGUCGACGGCGCUAAAGUGCGCGGGCCCAGCGCGUGCCACGCGCUCGCUCAGCUCAACCCCGUGCAGCUGGUGGGAGGAGAACAGACGCUGUUUGCUGUCACACCCGACGGGAAGGUUUAUGCCACCGGGUACGGCGCCGGUGGCCGUUUAGGCAUUGGCGGAAUAGACUCCGUAUCGACGCCGACGCUGUUGGCGUCCAUUCAGCACGUAUUCAUAACAAAGGUGGCCUGCAACUCGGGCGGGAAGCAUUGCCUGGCUCUGUCCUCCGAGGGAGACGUGUACAGCUGGGGUGAAGGUGAUGACGGCAAACUCGGACAUGGAAAUAGAGUGAGCUACGACCGCCCGCGCCUAAUACCAUCUCUCUCUGGUAUGGAAGUCGUUCAGAUUGCCUGCGGCGGCGCUCAUUCGGCUUGCCUGACGGCGCGAGGACGUAUAUACACGUGGGGCAAGGGGCGCUACGGUCGGCUCGGACACGGCGACUCCGAGGAUCAACUCGUACCGAAGAUGGUGGAGUUCCUAGCCUCGUACCGCGUGAUAGACGUCGCGUGCGGCUCGGGCGACGCGCAGACGCUCUGCAUCACCGACGACGACAACGUGUGGUCUUGGGGCGACGGCGACUACGGGAAAUUAGGGCGAGGAGGCUCCGAGGGUUGCAAACAACCAAUGAAGAUCGAAUGCUUGAAAGGCCUGAGGGUCAUAAAGGUCGAGUGUGGCUCCCAAUUCUCCGUUGCACUCUGCCAGUGCGGUAGUGUUUACACGUGGGGUAAGGGUGACUACCACAGGCUCGGGCACGGGAGUUACGAGCAUGUGCGGAGACCUAUGCGCGUCACGGGCAUGCAGGGCAAGAUGAUAGUGUCUAUAGCUACUGGGAGUCUCCACUGCGUCGCUUGCACGGACACUGGCGAGGUGUACACGUGGGGUGACAACGACGAAGGACAACUGGGAGACGGGACUACGUUGGCAGCGCAACGGCCAAGACUGCUUACUGCUUUGCAGGGUAAACGCGUGACGAAAGUGGCGUGCGGCAGUGCUCACACUGUCGCUCUCUGCGUAGAGGCACCCCGCGCUCCGAGGCCCCCGCCGCCGCCGCCCCUCGAGUGCCAUCUGCUGAGGGACCUUUCCCCACAGCUCAUAUGCAACCGAUUGGUACUCUUACAUCAGUUCUCGGAGCUGGUGUGCCCUAAUCUGACGCUGCUUAUCAUUGAGGGCAAUCUGGACCAGCUGAGGAACUUGAUGUUUUAUUCUGUGAAAGAGGCCGCUUUUAGAAAGGCGGUGAUGGCAACGAUGGUCCGCGAGCGUCAGCACGGUCCCGUCGUGGAGCUGUCCCGCGUGGGCGCGCGGCGCUCGCGGCGCGGCGGCGGGCUGGCCGGCCCGGCGGGCAUGCGGUCCGUGUUCGGGCAGAUGGUGGCGCGGCUGCCGGCUCUCACGCAGGAGGCUCUGGCCUUGCCGCACCGCGUGUGGAAGGUCAAGUUUGUAGGCGAGAGCGUCGACGACUGCGGCGGCGGCUACAGCGAGAGCAUCGCCGAGAUGUGCGAGGAGCUGCAGAACGGGUCGCUGCCGCUGCUGAUGGCCACGCCCAACGGGCGCGGCGACGCGGGCGCCUCGCGGGACGCCUUCCUGCUCAACCCCACCGCCAACACGCCGCUCCAUCUCAACUGCUUCCGGUUCCUGGGCGUACUGAUGGGCAUCGCGAUCCGCACCGGGUCCCCGCUGUCUCUCUCGCUGGCCGAGGGCGUGUGGCGGCAGCUGGCCGGGCAGCCGCUGCGGCCGCGCGACCUGGCCGAGGUGGACCGCGACUUCCUGCCCGCGCUGCUGUGCAUCCGGGACAUGUCGCCCGCCAACAAGGAACUCCAAAACUUGGAACUUCCAUUCUCCAUACCGUCAGCGGCGGGGCACGAGGUGCCGCUGUCCACGCGGCACAAGCGCGUCACGCCCGAGAACAAGGACGAAUACGUGCAGCUCGCUCUCUACUACAGGCUGCACGAGUUUGAAGAGCAAGUGCGAGCGGUGCGCGACGGCACGUCCCGCGUGGUGCCGGCGCCGCUGCUCGCGCUGUUCACUGCGGCGGAGCUGGAGGCGCUCGUGUGCGGCUCGCCCGACAUACCCGUGCACGCGCUGCGAGCCUCCGCCACCUACAAAGGCAUCGAGCCCAACUCCCCCCUGGUGCACUGGUUCUGGGAGGUGAUGGAGGAGCUGUCAGGCUCGGAGCGCGCGCUGUUCCUGCGCUUCGUGUGGGGCCGCACGCGGCUGCCGCGCGCGCCGCAGGACCCCCGCCAGCGGGACUUCGUGCUGCAGGUGUUGGACAAAUACCAGCCACCGGACCAUUUCCUGCCGGAGAGCUACACGUGUUUCUUCCUCCUAAAGAUGCCGAGGUAUUCCUGCAAGGCAGUGCUCCGGGAGAAACUCAGAUACGCGAUCCACUUCUGCAAGAGCAUAGACACGGACGAGUACGCGCGCGUGGCGCUCAGCGCGGCCGAGCGCGUGUCGUCCGAAGAGUCCGAUUCGGACGGCGAGACCUCGCCUCCCGUCGCCGCGCCGCCGGCACUGUACUCCCUCGCCAGACCACCUAGGAACUAGACAUUAUGAACAACAAUAAUGUUAUUAUAAGCCAAUUAGGUUCUACUACUGAACAACAGCGUACUCCCCUCUUAACAAAACUUAUAAAAAACUGUAUAUUUGUCAGUACAGAGGGCACUUCGGAGAUCAGACGGACGCCGGGGGCGGAACGUGAAGUUUAUACAAAUGUUUGUUAUAUUUAUAAGCCAAGCAAAGGUGUCUUCCCUUCUUAACACCAUAGGUAGGGUUAAAAACUGUCAAUUGGUCACUGUAGAGGGCGCUUUGCAGAAUAAUGUGACAGGUUAUGGGUAACCUUUCGAAAGCCGAGAA